GGCCCCCUUCUCCGCAGGGGGUCUCCCCAGACACGGGACCUUCCCAGGACACCAUCACCUCCACCACCACCAUCAGCAGCAGCAGCAGCAUUGCCUGAUGCAGGGCCAGUGUUGCUCUCCGCACGGCAGUCAGCUGAGCGUCAACUUCAGCGGCUGCUCCUGCCCUGAGACGGACGCGUCGCUGUCACCGCUGCUGCAGAAGCUCUCGUGCAACGCCUGCACUGCCAAGCAGCCGCAGCAGCCGCAGCCGCAGCAGCAGCAGCAUCACCAGCUGAGCAGGGCGUCGAGCCCGACGGGCAGCGGGCGGCGGGAGAGCAACGCGUUCACCGAGAUCGCGAUGAGCAGCUGCAAGUACAACGGCGGGAUGGUGAAACCUCUGAGCCACCUGAGCGCGUCGCGGAAGAAGCCUGCAGGGAGGGCAGGAGGGAGACCACGGCGCCGAAGCGAGGAGUCCACAGAUCCUGCAGGGGCACUGCCACCACCACCAGCAGCAGCAGCUGCAGCUGCAGCAGACGCCCGAGAUCGUGGUGUCGAGGCCCGUGUGUGA